AUGCCUUUUGGAAAAAUAGAAACUUUUGAAGUAGGUUCCCAUAACUGGGAUGCCUAUUGUAGAAGAAUAAAGCAGUUUAUAACAUUAAAUGACAUUAGUGAACAUUUGCACGUGGCCACGCUAGUCACACACGUUGGCGUGUCUUGCUACGAGUUAAUGUGUGAUUUAUGCUCCCCGGAUUUACCUGAAGAUAAAACAUUUGAUGAGCUCGUGGAUAUCGUUAAAAAUCAUCUGGAGCCGCAGAGGUCGGAGAUUGCUGAACGCCAUAUAUUUCGGCAGCGGAAACAACUUCAAGGCGAGACUGUGAGUGAUUACUUACAAAGUUUAAAGCAUCUGGCGAAAACAUGUAAUUUUCGCGAUACUCUAGAAAUCAAUAUAAGGGAUCAAUUCGUCUCUGGACUUAUUAAUGAAGAUAUGAGGUCAAGGUUGUUUGCCGAGCGAGAUAUCGAUUAUAAACGUGCUAUUGAACUCGCAUUAGCAUUAGAAGCGGCGGACAGGCACGCAGCAGAGGCGGCGUCCGGUGCUAGCAAUGGAGUUGCGGAAGGGUUACAUAACGUAAGGAUGAAGCGUAUCGUCGGCGUGACGGCGAGCCGGGACGCAGCGGGCGGCGCGAGCGGCGCUGCAGCGAGCGACGGCGGCGGCGCGCGGCGUGCGUGUUCGCGCUACGGACGCGCGGGGCACGGGCCAGCGCGGUGUCGAUUUAAGCAGUACACGUGUGAUAAUUGUGGACAAAAAGGUCAUCUUAAAGUUGUGUGUCAAAAUUACAAAAGUGUUAGCGACAGUGAGUACCAGAAACAUCAUAAAGCACUUAUGGGUCAUAGGUUACGCGGAAGGUUAGAUCUCUUGCGUCCGAGUACUCGCGAUGUAGUGCUUGAUAAGCAACAGGCACAACAAGCUCGUCAUGGAGGGGUUGUGCGAGACAUGUCCCCCGGGGACCGAGUAUUGGUUCGAAAUUAUAACGACAGCUUAGUUAAAUGGAAGGAAGGGGUAGUAGUAGAAAAAAGGGGGCCGGUCUCCUAUGUUGUUAAAACAGAUAGCGAUGAUCGUAUUAGUAAAAGACACGUUGACCAGUUAUUAAAGAAAAAUGUACGAUUUUCGCGUUAUUCGUUGCCGACAUCAAAUUGUACUCAGCCAUCCAGUCCUUAUAAGGCAGAUUCUUUAAUAAAUACAUCUUCAACAUCUAUAUUCCAAUCUCCUUUGUCAGAUAAAAAUAGUUCGGAACUGAAUAAUGACAAUAGGAAAGCGCAGUCACCUCCGUUGUAUCCUACUGAACCGUCACAUUCACAAUCAUUAAAGCCUCAGCCUGAAAAAUAUGUUUCUCAUGCCAAUUUUACAAUCCUGGUCUAUGGUUUGGAGAGUGGUUGGAUAUCUCCCAUUACGUCGUUGCUACAGUCAGAGGAUUCCCCAGCCGGAUACCCACUAACAGACUCUCAGCUCUCUUGGGUAGCAAGUGUGGUGAGUUUGACCGCAACAUUUGGAGUCGUCACGUACUCUUAUGUUGCUGACAAGUAUGGGAGGAAAAUUUGCGUGAUCUUCAUUUCCAUUUUGGAAGCAAUUUCAUGGAUAAUUCGACUAUCGUACACUUCGUUCCAUCUGCUUAUUUUAGCUAGAAUCCUCGCUGGUUUAGCAGCUGGUGGUUGUUUCACCAUCACUACUAUUUACGUGAAAGAAAUAAGUCAAGAUGAUUUAACAGGGAUUUUAGGGACUUUCUCCAUUCUUAUGCAUACUACUGGAAUAUUUUUGAUGUAUCUUAUGGGAGCCUAUAUGGACUAUACGGUAGUUAUUAUUAUUGUCCUGGUGGUGUCAAUAUUAACGAUGAUUGCAAUGACAAGAGCUCCUGAAUCACCCGCAUUCUUAGUUAAACAAGAUAAAAUUGAAAAAGCAAAAGAAACCGUGGCAUAUCUCAGAGGACUAGACAUUGAUCAUGAUGUUGUAAAAAGAGUUAUUGACGAUCUGAUUAAAGAAGACGUGCGUUUUACAACUUUACCAACAAUCAAUUUCAUAAACAUAUUAAAAAACAAUUCUUGGCGUCGUGGCUUCAUCCUCAUAAUGUUUCUAUUUACAUGCUAUGAAAUAAAUGGUGCAUCUGUCAUUGUGACUUUUGCGACUAAAAUGUUAACGUCGACUGGAAUACAGUUUGAUAUAAGUCCUGAGGUCCAGUCUAUCAGUUUCCCACUUGUGAUGAUCAUCGCUUCACUUGGGUUGACUUCUUGCGUUGAGAGAUGUGGAAGAAAGCCUCUUUUAAUCGGGGCAUAUGGUAUAACUGCGCUUGCAAUGUUCUCGUUGGCCAUAAUGAUUGUUUUCCAAGAGCGAUAUGGUAAUGUUCCAGCGUGGAUGCCUGCUGUAGCUUUAAUACUGUCAGUAGCUAUGUGCAGCGGUGGAGUGUCACCUCUGGCCUUCAUUGUCAUGAUGGAAAUGUUUAAUUUCCAUAUCAGAGCCACGGUGAUGGGCGUGGUGGUCACUUAUGCAUGGUUCUUGACGUCCAUAGGACAGAUCACUUAUACUCCGAUGGCCAAUUCAAUGGGAGAAUUUGCUCCUUACGUUUUUUAUGGAUGUGUCAAUUUAGCUGCAAUAUUUUUCGUUACAUUCUUCUUACCGGAGACACGGGGCAAAACUGAGGAAGAGAUAUUUAAAAAUGUGAAGAAUAAGAAUGUUGGCGACAGUGUAAUA